AUGUGUACUGAAGUUCUUGUCCUUUGUUGCAGUGAAGCAGUGGUGGAUAAUGCCGUAACAGUGACUUGCACUAGUGUGGAUGCAACAGCCGGUUCCAUCCAGCUGAUCUUUAACCCCCUGACCCUGCAAGUGAACAGUACAGCCGGAGAUGUGACCUACUCCUUCACCAACCCCACCGGCUCCCCUGUGUCUGCAAGCUGUACGGCACAGUCUGGGGGUGGGGGGAACCAGUAUCUUACUGCCACAUCCACAGGUGAUGCGUCCACCUUUGCGCUGGACGAGGGUUCAGUACAGUUUGUCCCCGACACGACCAAAACCACGGCGCAGAGCGUGUCAGCCUUCCUGGUUCUGGACGCAGCCGUGCAGGCGGACACGGUUACGUUCACCUGCGCCCUGAGGGAGGUGGGGGACUCAGACGAGGCUCAGGCGCUCGCUGCAGACCCCACGUGUGUGCCUGUGUCCAACCUGGUACCUACAGCUGCUGCAGGGACUGCGCCACCCCAGCUGACCAGCGCAGGAUCGACUGCUCCAAACCUUACUCCUGCCAGUCCUGCUUCAACACUUACUACUGCCCCUAUCUCUGCACAGACCCAGGGAACAACCAAUGCUUCUUCCACUUCUGCAGCAACUUUGCCCCCCUCCCCCAAUACGACAGUUACCACCAUGGUGACCCCCACCACAGUCCCAGACUCCCCCCUGACCAACCUGUCCAUAGCAGGGAACUGGCAGCUGGGCGCAGUGGAGCUCGUUUUUGGGACCAGUGACAUCUUCAAGCCGUUGGACGUGUGGCUGUUAUCCCAGACCUACACCAGUCCUGUACAGGAGCUGCUGCUAGUGACCUGUUGUGCCCCACAGGCCAGUAACACUGACCCUAAAUACAGGGGCAGGUCUAAAGUUGCUGGCACCCCCCUUGUAGAGAGAGUUAUUCCCAACCCAGCAUAUGUGGAGGUUGGGCCGUGUCCAUGUGACCUGAGGGAGAACCAGUGUGAUACAGAGUGCUGCUGUGAUACUGACUGCACACAAGAUGAUCUGGACAUCUUCACCAGCUGCACACAGGGAGAGUUCGGCGGGAACCACGUCAGGGAGCUGGCCCAGUACUGCAGCUACAGCGGUGGACCUCAGGAAGACUGGGACAGGCUGUUGUGUGUGGAGCAGGACAACAGUCCAUAUCUGGGGCUAUACUACAACAACCCCUCCGCUAUAAGGACUGAGACAGCCUUUAGGACCACCUAUGAAGCAAACGCUCCACCGUACUCCUACGACGAGACUGAAAGAAGAGAAACUGUAGAGACAGACUCUUCCCUAGCGUACAGAUAUGGCCUUGCUACACAAGUCCUGUACACGGAUGCGAAUGGGGAAACUCAGCAAGGGUUUCUGUCAUUCCCACAGCAGACGUUAUCAGGACAGUGCCUGUACAGCGGCAUUGUCAGGCACUUUGUGGAUUCUAAUGCGACUUGUUUGCAAAUGCUAGACUCAAGUCUUUGUGCGGAAGGUUCGGUGUUAGAUGCCAGGGAGUACCUUCUCCCCUCGCCUGCUACCCACCCCCCCUGCCCAACCCCCCCUCAAGUGCUCAGCCAGCAUGGGGGGGUAGCCACUGUCCCCACUACUGUAGAGUACUACUGUCUCACAGAUCCAAGCCUUUACGUACGGUCAACAAUCACUGCUGACGACGUCUAUACCUUCAACCAAACAUCUCUGUUUGCAGACAAUGUUGCAAGCACAAUGCAGAGGUGUGCCUUUGAUGAUGGCUUCACCUUUCCCCCCACCCCCUCUCUAAACGCUACCACCGACACAUGCAGCAAUGUUGUGCUAGACGUAAGAUACGUCAUAUCGUGGAGGGGGACUGAACUUACGGGCGUGGCGGCCUUUGUGGUUCUCGGUGACGUUGCCAUGGAGACGGUUGCCCCCGACGACGGCGCCAACAGCUCCACAGUGUUGGCACAGAAGUUUGGGGUGGAGUUUUCGUACGACAGUCUGAACGCGACGGCUGUUGAUGCGACGGAAGUUGUGGACCGCUCGGGAAAUCCUGGUUACGAUGUGGGGAAAGUGUUGCUGACUGGGACAUUGUCGUUAACCAAUGACAGUGUAGAGAACAUGGGAUCAUCAGGGAUACAGGUUUGGAGCCCAGGGGCAGAUGGACUGUGCACCUCUGCCAGUAGAGCUGCUGUAACGUUUGGGGAGGACACCAUCUCUGGGUGUACAGUACGGCUGGCAUGGGACAACUUCCAGGACUGUGCAGCUCUCAGAUCUGAAGUCCGAGCCCAGCAGGAGAGCCUGGUGACAGCUGAGUUUGUCUCCAGAGGAGGAAACCCCAACUCAACUUUCAUCACUGACUGGGUACCUGUCAUCAAUAAUGACACAACCGACCCUACAGUGGCUCCUACAGCUUCAGGACUGGAGGCUGAUGUUGUAGACCAGCUACAGGGGUUAUGUCAGGACAUCCCUGCGGCCGUGAACUUGGAGAUCCUGUAUGCUGAUGUCGGCAAAGAGAAUGAGUUUCUUAUCCAGGAGGUGGUCGGUGCUAGGGUCAGUUUCUCCAGAACACUCUGGCAGCUGCAGUGUACGGGCGUGCUUGCCGCUGCGUGUUACGGAAACUCCUCAGUGUUGGUCGACCUCGGCAACACGUCCACGAUAGAUGACCUCAUCACGGGCGUGGUGCAGUCCUUCUACGUCACCAGCUCUGUCACUUUCACCAAAGUACCCGCACAAACACCCACUCCUGUCAAGAAGUUCUAUGUCAAUGACACCAAUGUCUGCAGAAGAAAUGCAUGCUGGGAAGAGCUGUUCUAUCCCGUUUCCAUGGCGUUUGCAGGCGGAGACUUCCAGCUGUACCAGCACAACCUGGGGUCUGGCCUCGUCCUGGCACUCUUUAUUAUAGCUGUGUUUGUCAUUACCAGGCCUUGGUGGUAGGUUCCAGUAAGGAUGGGUAAUCAUUAUGAAGGACUCGCCACACAGUCAACGAGGCCCUAAUUUUAGAAUCAGCACAUGGUAGCGCGAAAAUCCACCCUAAAAUAUUUAUCGGGGCUUGGUGACAUGCAAACAUUGGCUAGGGAGGGUCGUUCCAUAGCCUAUUUUAAGGCCUUGGAGCAGUGAGUUGAUAUCCAGUAAACCUAGGGCACAGUAUUUCUCCAACCAUAUGUUACCACCAAAACCAAAGUGAGGUACCUGUAUUUGAUUGAGGAAAGUUGUGUUAAGUGCCUGUCCUAAGAGCUCAAGAUUAGUAGCAUGACAGGAUUUGAACCCAGGACCUCUAGUUUCUGGGCCAAACACUCUGCAGUUGUGGCCCCACACCAAAUAUUCACUGAUUCCUAAAACGUAAGAACUUUAUUGAAUUAUUGCCGAAAAUGUAAUUUAGAGCAGAGACCAGAGUCACUGCUCAUUGGAUUCUUGUGCUGUGUGGCAUAGUUUUAAAAGUUUUUUUCAACAAAGAUUCAAAACCUAGCUAGCUACAUUCCUGUGGCCUGUGUACAAUGAUCC